CAUAAUAACGAAAAAAAUUCACAUAUAUUUAUAAUUAAAAUAAAAGAUGCAUACACAAACGAAAAAAAUGACGAAAAUACAUUGUGAAAGACACUGAGGAAUUUAAUCCAAGGUUGUGUACAAAUGGGCCACUCCUAUUUGGAUUGGAAGAGAUUUCUCUAGUAAGUUCGCAAAGAAAUUAAAUUUCUUUUUGCAUUUUUAUAUUUAUUUCUCCCGUUACUAUAAAAAGAAACUUCCACCCAGCCCAGCUCAAGUGCUCAACAUCAUCACCAAAAAGAUCAUUCUUAUAAUCGGCAGCGUGAAUUUACUCUUGAAUCCAUUACUGUUAUCAGUUGCUCAAGAGAGAAGUUCAGGGGCAAAUUGGGAAGAAAAAUGGCGCCGGAGAUGAAGAGCGGGUCAGUGACGUCAGCAAGAACCAGCGGCAAAGCUUACGUCACGUUCUUGGCCGGGAACGGGGACUACGUGAAAGGAGUGGUGGGGCUGGCCAAGGGGCUGAGGAAGGUGGGCUCCGCCUACCCGUUGGUGGUGGCGGUUCUGCCGGACGUGCCGGAGGAGCACCGCCGCUUGCUGGCGGGGCAGGGGUGCGUCGUCCGGGAAGUCGAGCCGGUUUACCCGCCGGAGAAUCGGACGGAGUUUGCCAUGGCUUAUUACGUCAUCAACUACUCCAAGCUCCGUAUUUGGGAGUUUGUGGAGUAUAGCAAGAUGAUAUACUUGGACGGGGACAUCCAGGUGUUCCACAACAUUGACCACCUAUUUGACUUGCCGGACGGCCACCUGUACGCCGUCAUGGACUGCUUCUGCGAGAAGACGUGGAGUCACACGCCGCAGUACAAGAUCGGCUACUGCCAGCAGCGGCCGGAAAAGCCCCGGUGGCCGGAGGAGCUCGGCCCCAAGCCGCCGCUGUACUUCAACGCCGGGAUGUUUGUUUUUGAGCCCAGCCUCUCCACUUAUGAGGCCCUCCUCUCUGCCCUCCAACUCAUCCCUCCCACCCCUUUUGCCGAACAGGACUUCUUGAACAUGUUCUUUGAAGACAUAUACAAACCGAUCCCGAACGUGUACAAUUUGGUGUUAGCCAUGCUUUGGCGUCACCCGGAGAACGUGGACCUGGAAAACGUGAAGGUGGUCCACUACUGUGCGGCGGGGUCCAAGCCGUGGCGGUACACCGGCAAAGAGGAAAACAUGGACAGGGACGACAUCAAGGCGCUGGUGAACAUGUGGUGGGACAUAUACAAUGACCCCUCUUUGGACUACCAGAAGGUCGCCGGUGCCGUCGUGGCGGCGGCGGUCGGCCGCCAACUCGAGGUUGGCGAUGCCAAAUAUUUGGCGACGGAGACGGCUCUCUGCAAGAACGAUGUCGUCCGUUACGUGGCCGCCCCAUCUGCGGCGUAGAUAGCAUGUUGGCAACAACCUUUGUGCUUUGAAUAUGGAUAAAGUCUCCUUCGAAUAUGGAUAAAGUCUGCGUACAAGUGUAUAUAUUUUCUUGUGAAAUUUUACUGGGUUGUGAAAUUUUAUUUGAAUGUUGUUGUUUUUGUAUAAUGCAAUAUAUUAUUAUUCGUGUG